UUCGCAUUUUGUUUCUGAUGUUAGUUCCAGCAGUCCUAAUCGAAAUUGUAUUCAGGAACAGAGACCUAGACUUUUCUACUGAAUUUGAACUGGCUGUUGUCAUCCCAUCUGCGAGAAGUAACUUUGAAUUACGUCGUGCUCUUAGAGACACUUGGUUUGGUGAUGUAAAGAGACGUUUUGAGCGCAGAAUAUUUGCUGUAUUUGUUAUUGGUUCACAGUCAUGCCACAUUCAUCCUGCGAAACGACACACUCCCUUUGCUUGUCAACGAUCGGACUUGGUAUGCCCAACUGUGCAGCACACGGUGAUGUCCGUGAAAUUAUUGAGUUCUGAGCCUGAAGUUGAAGUUCCUAAUGGUGCUGCAGGUUAUGACUUUCAGGUCAAUUUUCCUGUUGCAGUCAUUGGAUUAGGAGUUUAUGAUCAUUUGAGUGAUGGAUUUCAAUCAAAUCUAAAUGUUACUCUAUAUGAUACAACUACCCAAAAAGAAAUAAUUUCUGUUAUAUUUACUCCUGAUGAUCCUGGCACGUUGACCAAUGGCAUACGGUUCAAGCUGUGUUCUACAACCUUUAUACUUUCCAAAGAUUAUCGUGCUACAGUUGUUGCUGAAGGUUUUUCAGUCGAUGAUCCUAGUGCUGUGUAUUCUACUGCACACGUUAGUCUUGAUACAGGGGGAGGACUUGUGUCUUAUCUCAAUGUGAGUCGAGUGAGUUAUACACACGGAGUGUUUCCUGAAUUUGAUAAUUCGUUGAUGAAAGUUCCAAUGUACUUUGCAGCUGGCGCUUUUAUUUUUGAAGCUCAUGUUGAAAAUAGAACAGAAUCUCAGUGUGUUGAUCAAUACUCCAUUGACCGUGAUUUGUGGUUGGAAACAAUAAACGAAGAAAAUCUACGUUUACAAAACGAAGCUACUGCUUAUGGCGACAUCUUGUUUGUCGACGUUGUUGACGUUUACCGCAAUAUUCCAGCCAAGAUGAAAGCUGCAUAUGAAUGGUUAUCUCAACACGUCAAAUUUAAAUAUCUUCUUAAAUCUGAUGACGACUGCUUUGUUCACAUUGAAGAAAUAUUAAAAGGCAUAGAGAAAAAUCAUUUGCAAGACUAUAAUAAAGUGUGGUGGGGCAACUUUCGAACUCACUGGGCAGUGGAGAAGUUUGGUAAGUGGGCAGAAGUCGAUUACACCGCUCCUGCAUAUCCUGCUUUUGCAUGUGGCUCUGGCUAUGUGACGUCAUAUGACUUAAUCCAAUGGAUAGCAAAUAACUCAAAUUCUUUGAAAUUAUAUCAGGGUGAAGAUGUGUGCAUGGGCAUUUGGUUAUCUGCAAUUUGUCCUAAUCUUGUUAAGGAUCCUAGAUGGCAGUGUUUCUCUACUUGCUCUUUUGAUAUGUUGACCAUACCAGAACAGGAUCCUCACUCCUUUCUUAAUCUUUGGACAAAUUUGCAGCAAUGUGGCAAUCCUUGUGGGUGUGAAGAUGAGUAAUUUUGAGUAAGAGUGUGAAGAAGAAGAAGACCCAAGGUACACCAGCCAUCGAGGUGAGAUGAAUAUCAUGCAUCAGCUUCUUUCUCUUACCUUUCGAGAAUUCCACACACUUGAUCAUUAUGAUUGAUGCAGUCCGUUUGUUAGUAUGUAGUAGCUUUUGUUAUCGCAAUCAUUAGGUUCAGUUUGUUGGUUUCUGAUGUACUCUGAGAUCAGUAUAUUUUCAGAUGUGGUCUGAUGACACCUGUACAGUUUUAACUUUGAUUGGUUUAUUUGAAUUUUAUUGAAAACUAACAUUUGAGACAUUUAUUGGUUACAAAUAUAUAUAUUG